AUGUCUAACAGCAAUGACGUGUGGGAGUCACCCGGCUGUGGGACAAGAGAUGAGGACAACAAAGACACAAGUGGAUUCUCUGAACAUGAACUACUUGACAUCAUGUAUAAUGCAUGUAACACCUCCAGCACAGGAGAGGUGUUGGCCUCCACCAUCGUUCAGUACCUGCAGACCAUGACAGCUCAGAGUCCGGAGCAGGACCGGCUGGCUUCCCUCCGACGGCUGCUUGACCCUGAUUGUCAGGACCCACAUGUGAGCAGAGAGAAUUUCCACUCUACCAUGAGGGGGUGGAUCGCACAGUGCAGCCAGGACAGUGAUGAAAAAGACCUGUUAGGCACAGUGGCCGAACUGAAGCACGCUCAUCGCAAGCUGAGUGAGCAGAACAGCAGCCUGCUGAGGACGGUGGCUCAGUGUGAAGACAUAAACCUGCAGCUCACUCUGGAGAUCACUGAGUUGCGAGCAAAGCUGGCCAGUGCUCAGCGGUCAGCAGUGAGAACCAGAUCCUUGACAGAAGAACUGGAGGAGACCCGUCGGGCGUUUAAAGAAGCCCAAGAGAGAGCCAGCCGCAGCCAGACCAGCUGCACCAAACUGGCCAAUGAGGUUGAAUGCCUGAAGGUUCACAUAAGGAGGCUUGAAGACAAGAAUGAAAAACUCAGCUUUGAAAGGACGUGUUCUGAAGACAGCAUCAACAAACUGAGGAAGAUCAACGCUGAGUUGAGGGCCGAACUUGAGGAAACCCUGGUUAUGUUGACGCUGAGAGACAGAGAAAUCACAAAGAAAGACAUUCUUAUGGAUAAGAUGAAGAGCUCUCAUGUGGAGAAUCACAACAUGAUCGAGGGUCUGCAGUCAGAACUGAUGAGGUUACAGGAACAUUCACGCCAAGUUCUUUUGAGGUAUGACAGAAACUGUAUCAGCCCUCAGAGUCUCUACAGUCGAGAUCCUCCAAACCACCGCUCUCUGCAGAGUGAGAUGCAAGAUAUGCAGCCGCAGCAUCACAGAGCUCUGGACGACAUCAGCCUCCCAUCCCUGCACACGUACAGUGAUGAUAUUCAGAGCAUCAUCCACAGGAUCAAAUCUGCAGAAAUAGCUCAUUUUCUGCACAAUAAGUAUCCUGAGAGGACACAGGACUCUGCUCCUGUAGAAACACAGGAGAGGCCUUUUCCUCACCGCCAGCAGCAACAGGCAAGCAUCAAGCAGCAGCUUGUCAAUGUGCUGCAAGAGCUGGAGCUACACAAGUGUGUGUGGGAGGAGAAAGGGGAGAAGGUGGAGGAGCGCUGGAGAUCAAAAGGGGAGCAAAAGGAGCAAAAGCAAAGCCAGACUCAGAACCAGGAGUCCAAGAAGGUGGCUGUGGUGAACUGGUGGAAAGCCCGCAGCGUAGAGGGGGCUAAGGCUCGGACAAAAGAAACCAAAUCAGUCCAGGAGCUCUCUGAGACACAAGCAAAGCUCCAGCAAGCAGAGCAGACGAUCACUGAUAUGAGGGAGCAGGUCUGCCACCUGCAAGCCUCUCUAAGAUCUGCACAGGAGUGUGUUGCCGAGCCAAAGAACACCAGUGGAGUUCUUCAUAUUGACAAGGGGACCAACACUGAGAGAGGGGAACAAGACAGAGCUGUGGGGAAGGUUGUGAAGGAUCAGAGGGAUGCAGCAGUGUCCACAGAGAUUACAGGUGGAGCAGCCCCAGAACAGGAGCAAACCCAGCUUCAGGUGACUGCAGACGGCCUUCUGGCGACCCUUAGAAGGAUGGAGGUGAUGGUCAGCAGCGCCCUGGAGACUGCCGAGCAGGUGAGAGAAAGUGAGCAGAGGGUGAGCCAGGUGAGAGUGAGGAUGGAGAGCAUCACCCAGAGGGUGGAGGAAGCUCUGGACAGAGCAGCCCACACUGACGAACAGCUCAACGUUCUGGAGGCCAGAAUCACAGAACAAGCUCCAACUCAGUCUCCAGGGCCCAGUCUGCCAUCUGAUCCUGGAACAGACGCAGCAGGCUUUACGGCUGAGUCCGAUGUGGAGCCUGAAGACGGAGACAGAACGGAGAGUCCUCCUCUAUCUCCUGUAAUCCCAGAAGUCUGUGAGCCUCCACAGCUACCCAUGAAUGGUGGCAAAGGACGAGGCAGCUGCAGCAAGCUUCAAGAAGAAGAGGAGGAGCACUUGCUGCAGGGAUCUCCUCUUGAACAAACUGAUCAUAACUUCAAGGAGUUGUGUGACACCCCCUGUGCUGCUGAGAGUCCUUUUGUUUUCCCCCACACCCGCUCACGCCCCCCACUGACCCCCGCCAUGCCCACACUGCCUGAGGAAGAGGAGGACUCCCCCGAGGAGCUGGACAGUUCCUCCAGCUCUCCAAGUACAUCUGCACCAGGUGAAAGUCGAGCUGUCGUCAUAACUGCCCCCACCAUCGUCUACCCACAGCAGGCUACUAUUGUCCAACAAGAUGGACGACCCCUCGAGCAGGCCAGGCCACACAGUCCCAGAGCUCGCCUGGCUAGAAACUCAUCUGGAGGACCCAUCACAACAGUCGACAGCACAGGUAAUGUGAUCGACCUGGUGAAAGAUCAGCUACCAGAGCUGCAGCUCUCUGACGAGGAUCGACAGAAGAACCUGGAGCUGCUCGAACAGGCCAAAAAGGUCAGCGACCGCUUCCUGACACGCCGCGGCCGGCGUUCCACCGGCAGCCUCACAGAGUCGCCCACAGGUCUUUCUCCAACUCCAACGCCGUCAUCCUCACCAUGUUCAUCUAGAAGCAGUUCACUGACUGUGGCUCCUCACACUGAAGCAACCCAUGUCAGCUCACAGUCGGUUGGGCAGCAUCUGGAGGUUCCUUCAGUGCAAGAACGGCAUGACUUAACGCCUCAGGAUCAGGAGGGCAACAGACUUUUGGUGGAUUGGAAGCCCACUGAGAAGAGGAAAGUGUCCUCUGGGACUCUAACACCCCGUUUUGCUGUUCAAAAGGAGAACUGUGAUCCUGCUGUACCUAAGAGUCCUCCAUCAGUCAGUAAAGGGGAUGAGGGAGCUGGCCGAAACUCCAACCAAGCCCCGGCCACAGGGGUGGCCAAGCCCGUCCCCCGCCCCCCUACUCAACAAGCCCCCUGUACAGCAGAGAUCAAGACGAUUGGGGCCUUCCCUCCACUAAUGAGGGCUGUUUCCUGGGACGCUGUAGGCAGCCUUAAUUCUAGAAAUGGAGCCCCGAGUUUUCCUCCCACACCGGAGGAUACCUUCUCAGACAAGCCCAGGGAUGCUGUAUUCAAAUCCUCAGGGUACAAGGACCUCCCCACCCAGCCAGGGGGUGUACAUAAGCUGUCUAAACUCAAAGAGGAGCACAAGCUGAUGCGUAACCAAAGCAUAGUGGGAUCCAAGUUACCAGACUUGAGUGAAGCUGCUGAACAGGAAAAAGGUCCUCCAACCUGUGCAAACUCAGCCAGUAGUGAGGAGGCAAGGGAGAAGUCUGACGCCAUGCCAAACAUUUCAGAUGUGAUGCUGAGAAAACUCAAACUUCACCGAGGUCUACCAGGCUGUGCACCCCCACUCACAGAAAAAGAAGUUGAGAACGCAUUUGUCCAGCUGUCACUGGCAUUUCGUAAUGACAACUACACUCUGGAGAUGCGGCUCAAACAGGCAGAGAGGGAGAGGAACCUGACUGAGGAAGACACUGAGAAAGAACUAGAAGAAUUCAAAGGAGCACUGAAGAUGACUUCACCACAGUGGCAGAACCUGGAGCAGCGUGAGGCCUACCAGCGCCUCAUAGAGACAGUGGCAGUGUUGCACCGACUGGCCACACGGCUCUCCAGCAGAGCAGAGAUAGUUGGAGCAGUUCGACAGGAGAAACGUAUGAACAAGGCCACUGAGGUCAUGAUGCAAUAUGUGGAAAAUCUGAAGAGGACAUAUGAGAAGGACCAUGCAGAGCUGAUGGAGUUUAAGAAGCUGGCCAACCAGAACUCAAAUCGCUGUUACGGAGGGUCUGUAGACACUGGAGAUGAUGGAGUUCCAAGGCCAUCGAGAUCAAUGUCCCUCACCCUUGGAAAGGCUCUUCCCAGGCGUAGGGUUAGCGUAGCGGUCGUGCCUAAGUUUAACCUCCUGAAUAUCCCAGGUCAGACUCCAGUCACAGCCAGCCCGGGGCCGGGCCCAGGCCCAGUCCCCAUUAUGGGACCCACCUCUAGUGCUGCUCUUCCUGUUCUGUGUGAAGCAAAUGAUGUGAAAGGCAAUGUUCCCACAGAGACGGCACAACCAGCAGCAGAAUGUGGAAAGAGUGUGUCGGAGCAGGAAAGUGAGCCAGCCAAGCCUUCAGUCAACUUAGAGGAGAUCAGAGCCGAGAUCAGAGCCGAGAUCAAGGCAAAGAUCGAGGAGGAGUCGUAUAAUAAAGGCUUCCAAGAGGGACUGAAGCAAAAUAAAGUGCUGCAGGAGGAGAAGAAUGAAGAGAAAAACGCUGAAGAGAAACUGCUGGAAGUGAAAAAUAAAGAUGAAGAGAGUGGAAAGAAAAUAAAAACAACCAGGAGGAUGGAGGAGGUCCUGGUUCUUCUUGGUCGUUUUCUUCCCAGGAUUUCCUUGAGUCGGCGUCUACUCUGGGUCGCCCUGACACUGUUUGUGGUGAUGUGUCUGGUUAUCAGUAUUUUUACAUUCUUCAGUGACUACUACAACAGACGUGAGGACACGUAAGCAGAAAAGGACUUGUGCGAGGAAAGAUGAAGAUCUUUGGACUAAGUGUAGCAGCACAACCAAAGAACCCCAGAACAGAAUAAGAGAGACAGCAGUCGUCCUCUUGUCUCUGUCAGUUUACCAUAUCACCACACUCAAACUCACUUGAAUCAAUGACCCUGACUCUCGAGGGCCAAAGACGUUUUGGGAGGCUUUAUGGAUAAUGUUGCCUUUAACAGCAUUAAGUUAGAAUUUUGUUUAAAUUGAAAAAAAAUAUAUGUUUAGGGACCAAUUAUAUAGUGUGAUGAUAUAUAACUAUAUAUAUUUAAAUUAGAUGCAUACCUAAUGAUUUGUUCUGUUUUGGGUGCAUUUUGAUGAUGAAAACUUUCCAUUAAAUGCCGCAAUGGAAAAAGUGUAUAUUUAUCUACACUCUAAUGUUAAAGUAUAAUCUCUCAGGUCCAGUGGAUAAUAAAACUCCAGAGAGAUUUUGAAUUGAUAUUUAAAAGGAAAAGGAAUGUUUUUAUUUUUUGUUUAAUUUCUAUAAUGUGUAUUUAAAGACAUUAAGAUAUAAGCACAUUCCAGAGUAGUUCCUUAAGUGCAAUAUUUUGCAGCUGAUGGUUCUCAUUUGUGCCAUUUUGGAUUGUGUCUUCAGAGCACUGAGCGAUUUCCUUCUUGUAUGAGAGCACUGUUUAGAUGGCAUGAGGCUUGUUUUUAUCUUCUUUGCACAUGUGUUGUUUGUUCUCUGUAGAUUUUAUGUGUUGCCACUUCACCUUUAAAUAAAGGUGCCUG